GUUAAGCCGCGGAAAAACAUACUGCUUGUAAAUUCUUCUUGUAGAUCCUAUCCUUCCUGUCUACUUACGAAAAAACCACGAUAUCUUUCACCUGAACUGCGCUAAAAAUCUGAAAUGAAAUUUCAUCAUUUUCGUGGGAAUUAUUCGCUUCCACUAAACGUUCACACUAUAGAUUGUGUUGUUGUUGUGCUAAAUGUGCGCAAUUUGCUUGCAAUUUUUAUUUAUUAUUUUGAAAUCUCGUCGCAGUUCUCGUAACUAAGAAAAUGUGAAAGACAAAAGAACGCAGAACUCGUUCAGCCGAUGUCUCAACUAGCAUAAGAUAAAGUGCAAUACAUACAUAUAGAAUUAUUUCUCAUUUAAUGUAAGGACAACGGUUUCGUUAUAAAUAAACACAAACUCUAUUUUUAUAGACCACAAUGGACACUGAUGUGAAUCAGAUGCAUUACCAUUAUAAGGAUAUAUUGUCGGUGUUUUUGGACCCCUUCAUUGAGGACUUUGACUGCAAGGAUGUGGAGGACUCACUGCGUUCGAUACUAACCAAAAGGGAAAUCGAUUUCAUUUUUGCAUCGGAUCAAACGGAUGUUAGAAUCUACCUUUUGUUUUGGAAAUUGCUCGAGAAGCCAGAGAGCAUCGUUAAAAGAUUCGUCGAGGAGGUUCUCAACUAUCGCGAUGGGGCCAACUACGAAUUCCUGAUGACGCCCAUCAAAGCCGAGUACCUACAGCCGAGCCCCAACACCAGGCUGUACGUAGAGCAGCGGGAUCGUCUCUUCAAUGACAAUCAAGUGUUUUCCAAGUACAAUGUGCCGCGCCUAAAACCGUUCCUCGACUUAACCAAGGCCCUGCUGGAGUUGAGGCCAGCCAAGAAUGUCCUGGUCGAUGGCCCCCUGGGCGCCGGCAAGCAAUGGCUUGUGCUCGACGUUUGCUCCUCGUACAAAGUGCAGCAGAAGAUGGACUUUAAGAUAUUCUGGCUGAAUGUGAAGAACUGCAACAGCCCCGAGGCAGACCUCGAAAUGCUGCUCACUCUGCUCUACCAGAUCGAUCCGAGCUGGAGCAGCCGAUGCGACUCCGGCACCUGGAACAUCAUGCAGCGCAUUGACAGCGUCAAAAUCGAACUGCGGCGCCUGCUCAAGAGCAAGCCAUACGAGAACUGCCUGCUGGUGCUGCGAAAUGUGCAGAGCGUUCGCACCUGGAAGGCGUUCAAUCUCGGCUGCAAGAUACUCCUGACCACUCGCUACAAGUGCGUUACCGAUUACCUGUCCGCGGCGACCACCAAGCAUGUGCCGCUGAAGGAUGCCCUCACCGAGCACGAGGCUGAGUCGCUAAUUGUCAAGUAUCUCCACUGCAGGCCAGAGGAUCUGCCCAGGGAAGUGCUGACGACAAAUCCACGCAGCCUGAGCAUUAUUGCCGAGAGUAUACGCGACGGUCUGGCCACUUGGGAGAAUUGGAAAGAUGUGAACUGCAAUAAACUCACGAGCAUUAUCGAGAGCUCACUGAAGGUGCUGGAGCCGGUUAUAAAUAGGAAUAUGUUCGAUAAGCUCUUCAUAUUCCCUCCGUCCGCCCACAUACCCAUCGAUCUCCUAUCUCUGGUUUGGUCAGACGAUAAAUCAGAUAGCGACGAUCCGAUGGUGGUGGUGAAUAAACUGCACCGGUACUCCUUGGUGGAAAAGCAGGCCCAUCCGUCGACCAUAAGUAUACCCACGAUAUACUUGGAGUUGAAACUAAGGGUGGACAACGCUGCUGCACUCCACAGAAAAAUCGUUGAUCAUUACAACAUCACAAAGGCUUUCGACGAUGAUGACGAUCUGACAGUGCCCUUCUUGGAUGGCUAUUUCUAUUGCCAUAUCGGCCACCAUCUGACCAAUUUGGAGCACUCCGAGAGCGUGGCUCUGUUCCGCAAGAUUUUCCUCGAUUUUCGGUUUCUUGAACAAAAGAUACGAUACGACAAGACAGCGUGGAAUGCCAGCGGAUCGAUACUCAACACUUUACAGCAGCUGAAAUUCUACAGCUCCUACAUUAUCGACAAUGAUCCCAAGUUUAAGCGCCUGGUGAAUGCUUUGCUGGAUUUCCUUCCAAAGAUUGAGGAGAACCUUAUACGGUCCAAGUUUACCCGCCUUCUGCGAAUCGCUCUGAUGGACGAGGAGGAGGCCAUAUACGAGGAGGCCCACCGACAAGUGCAGCGGUUCGGUGAUCAAGUUUGGUUCACAGAGCAUGGUCGCUUUCACCAGCAUCGGCAAAUUAUCAACCUCGGGGAGAAUACGGUUCGACACGUCCUGUACCUGAACAAUGACUUCUGCUUGAUGGCUCUGGACAGCAAACAAAUGCUGCUGACCGACGUUUCUCUGGAGGCGGAGGACACGUAUCUGCUGAAGGAUGACAACGACAGCAGCGACAUCCUGAAAAUGGCCGUGUUUAAUAACCAGAAGCACCUGCUCACGCUCCACAGCAAUGGCAGUGUAAAGCUCUGGUCGCUGUGGGCCGAGUGCUUUGGGCGGCGUCACAGCAGCGGAAGUCGCCAGCGUGUGCGACCGCCACACCUUUCCCAUUUGCGGAAAUAUGCGGCGACUCGUACGUACAAGCAGCUGGUCAAUGGCGUCGCCAAGCGCGCAAUGAGCUACCAGAGCGCGGACCAGAACAUUGCGGCGUUCUACUUGAACGAGGAAGCAACCGUUGGAGACGCAAAGAUUCAGCUGCAUGUGGCCUUCAGCAACGGCGACGUUUGCAUCUGUGAGUGGGAUGACAGGGACCAAGUGUUCAAGUCCUCCAACACGCCCACCCUCGAGACGCAUCCGCUUCGUGUGCGGUGUUUCGUUCAGGUGCUGAACCGCUACUAUGUCAUAUGCACCGCUGACUGCACCCUCACCGUUUGGGAUCUGCACAACGGUUCUUGCGACAAGCCAGAGCUCAGUGGCUACGAUGUCCACAAUGACCCACCGCUUGCGAUUGAAGUCUACAAUGAACGCAGCCAGCAUUCGACCCUGCUGCUCAUCCACAGGUACAGCGUGUGGCGGCUGACGUUCGAGCCUGGCGACUUUCAACAGCCUCUAGUGCGGCUCAAGUCGGAGCCUGUGCAGCUGCCGGACAUGAGCUUCAUUACCUGCGCUAAGGGAUCGCCAGAUGGUCGGUAUCUGAUCCUGGGAACAUCGGUUGGCCUCAUUGUGUAUGACAUCCAGCUGUCCAGUCCCGUGCUGCGCAGCAAUGUGAGCGAGCACAUCGAAUGCGUGGACAUCUACGAGCUGUGCGAUCCUAUUUACAAGUACAUAGUGCUUUGUGGUGCCAAAGGAAAGCGGCUCCUGCACGUGCACACACUGCGAAGGGUGGAUUCGGGUAUUACGUGGGUCCACAAUGUGGAUGAGACAAAGGGCAUGACACGGGCUUGCCUCGAGCCCAAUGUCUAUCUGCGCCCGCUCCUGGACAUGACCAGAAAGCGGUCUCAACUGCUGGCCAUCGACUCCAAGGAGCGUAUCCAUCAGAUUGAGACCACCGCCGACCCAAGUGCUCGCCGCAGGUCCAGUAUUUCGUCCUGGUCAACGAUAACCCCCACGCAUGCGGCCAGCAAGACGCGCAUAACCGCAAUAUCCGCCCACGACGACGAUCACAUAUUUGUCGGCUACAUGGACGGGGUGAUCAUCGAUGUGAACCGCGAUGCGGUGCUGCCACAACAGUAUAUUACGGAGCCCAUCGACUACCUCAAGCAGGUCAACUCUCAGCUGCUGGUGGCGUCGGCGCACGGUCCACGCAAAACUGUGAUAUUCCAGCUACAACCAGAGCUGCCAUCGCUGCCAGUGGCUGGAGCAGCGCCAGUGGAUUGGCCGCUCAAGUUGGAGCUGGACACCAAAUAUUCCUGCCUUCUGGGUGGAAAGUUUCUGCUCUUGUUCUCCGAGCACGGAGUCUUUCAACUGGAUAUAUCCAACCCUCUGGUACUCAUCAAACUGGAAAACUGUGACGAACCACUUAUGGGCUUCGACCUGAAGAACGGUCUCCUCUUUCUGGCCUUCGGGAACAACACCAUUGAGGUCUCCCGAUUCAGCUUCACCGACACGGGGCUAAGGAACGAUGUCAUCUGCAGGAAACGUAUCACAGAGGAGCAGAAAAUAAGUUACCUGAUUGCCGCAGAUGACGCUUCCCUGUUUGCACUGGGCUUCCAGAAUGGCAUUAUCGAGCUCUACUCUCUGGCAGGAUCUGCCAUUCAGUUGGUCUACAGCAUAAAGGAAGUGCACGAGCAGUGCAUCACACAGCUACGGUUCUCGCCGUGCAAACUGUUGCUCAUUAGCUGCGGGGAGCAGCUGUGCUUCUGGAACGUGACCCACAUGCGGAACAACCAGAUCGAGUCGCAGCUGGCCAUAAGACGCAGCCGCCGGCACAGGAUGCACAGUGUCACGCAGGAGGAUGCUGUCGAUGCGGCUCCCAUUGUUUCGGACAUGUCAGAGCCACCGCCAUUUGUUAGCCAUCUCCAUCAACCCGUUCGCGACACCCAGCCGGAAGUAGAUCUGUGGCGGAACAAACGGGGCAAUGCCAUACGGCCGGAGCUGCUGGCUUGCAUCAAGUUUGUGGGUAACAAGGCCAGCCAGUUCUUCACCGACGCCAAGUUCUCGCAGUUCUAUUCGAUAGACGACGAGGGCGUCUACUAUCAUUUGCAACUUCUGGAAACAAAUCCCCACAUGCCGCCGAGUGGGUCGUCGAUGCAUCUGCAGAUGGCUGAACGGCUCGCAAGCGAGAUGAUCAGUGACAUGCAGUAUGCGAAUCUGGCGGACAUUCGAAUAAUUGACCCCCCAUUGACAAUUGGGGGCAUUGAUGACGAGGGAGCCGAUGUCGUUGGGGAUUUGCAGCCGGAGUCUAGCGCAACGAGCCAGGCAGAGACGCCGCUGGUUGUCGACGAAUGCAGCUCAUGACGCCAGUCGUGCGCCACUUCCGGGCGCACGGGUGAGGGCAAUGGACAUUUCCAGUAUGCAUUUAUAGGAUUAAUUCUCUCUUACUUAGUCGCAAUGAUAUUUUACUGCCUCAACAAGCACUAUGCGUCAUAGUGCUUAUAUGUAUGUAAAUACAAGUGUAUUGCUAGGGGACCGUAAAAGGGAUUCCAGCUUGCACGCCAUAUCUCAGGGGGACAAUGCCCUACUACUGUUUGGCAAACCACCCGCGCCCCAAUGUCUGCGUCACACAAAAUACAAAAUUUUUCGAAACACAA